AUGGCCGAGCCCGGGGCGGCGGCGGGGGACGCGGCGGGGGCGCCGCCGCCGCGGGUGGGCGCGUGGGUGCCGGUGCUGGUGGAGCAGAUGGUGAACGACACGCUGGUGGUGACGCUGAGCUGCGGGGAGCGCCGCUUCACCGGCGUGCUGCUGGACUGCUCCAAGAGGUCUGGAUUGUUCUGCCUGCCGUCCUCCUUCCCCAGGCACGAGGACCCCCCCUCCGGCGCCCGCGCUAACGGAGCUGCUGACGGCGAGGUUGCCGCGCAGGGCGAGCCGGAGCCGCGGCCCGCCAAGGGCAGCGCCGAGGAGCCGGUGCCGCCGCUGCUGCCGGCGCCGGGCGGCCUGCCGCCCUUCCCUCCCUACUUCGAGGGAGCCCCGUUCCCCCGGCCGCUGUGGCUGCGGCACACCUACCACCAGUGGGUCCCGCAGCCGCCGCCACGGACUAUAAAGAGGACAAGGAGGCGUUUGUCGCGCAACAGGGACCCGGGCAGGCUCAUCAUGAGCACCAUCAGGCUGCGGCCCAGGCAGGUGCUCUGCGAGAAGUGCAAGAACACGCUGAACCCCGAGGACGCCAGCGCGCCGCAGCAGAACGCCAAGACCAGGAGGAAGCUGAGCAUUCAGGACAAGGAGCAGAAAAAGCACAGCGACUCUGACUACGUGGAGAAAAGGAACAAAAGAGAGAAGAGGGAGGAUGACAAGUUUUCUGGGGAGCUGGUGCAUCGAACGCCAGUUAUAAAAAUAUCCUACAGUACUCCACAAGGGAAAGGUGAAGUGGUGAAAAUCCCUUCCCGGGUUCAUGGCUCAGUCAAACCGUUCUGUCCGGAACGAGUGCUGCAGAACGGAGCCGGGGACCAAGAGGAGAACGGGGACUCUGAACGGUGUCGAGAAACCAAAUGUUUAAUGGACAAGUCAGCAGGCAGCCAGCUUGCUUCCAUUCCAAAACUGAAGCUCACGCGGCCAGUGCAUUCCAGUGUGGAUGUCCCACCCCCAAAGAUACGGCUGAAGCCCCAUCGCAUCAACGAUGGUCAGAGUGUUUCAAUUUAUAAGGCAGAACUGAUUGACGAAAUCAACGUCCUCCAGAACAGCGGGGAGUCCAAUCCCGGAGUGUUUUACAAUGAUGAGUCCGCCGACAGAAGCUUGGCUGAGAUAUCUUCAGGCAGUUCAGGUGAAGAUGAUGACUUCAAAAGGUUUCCCCAGGGUAAAGAUGGACACGAUAACUUGGCUUUCCUCAUGAAUUACCGUAAAAGAAAAGCAGAUUCUUCUAGUUUAUCGGUGUGUAGCAAUGACAGUCUAGAUGAAUCCAAGUCUUCUAGUUCAGAAGUGACAUCACCAGAACUGUGUGACUUUUUGCCUGGUGAUGAUGCCUCCGUCUCUUCAUCUUCAAAAGAUGAGCGUAAAAUUGUGCCACCGCUGACAGUCAGACUGCACACCCAGAGUGUGUCUAAAUGCGUUACAGAAGAUGGAAGGACUGUUUCAGUGGGGGAUAUUGUCUGGGGUAAAAUUCACGGGUUUCCAUGGUGGCCAGCACGUGUUCUUGACAUAAACCUCAGCCAGAAGGAAAACGGGGAACCUUCGUGGCGAGAAGCUAAAGUGUCAUGGUUUGGUUCUCCGACGACCUCGUUCUUGUCGGUUUCAAAACUCUCUCCUUUCUCGGAAUUUUUCAAACUGAGGUUUAAUCGCAAGAAGAAAGGCAUGUACCGGAAAGCAAUCACGGAAGCUGCGAAGGCAGUCAAGCACCUGACUCCAGAAAUACGAGAUCUCUUAACACAGUUUGAGACAUAACUUUGCCUCCAGUAUCAGGUACCAGAAGACGAGCACAGCUGUUCUCCUAGAGGUCACCGAGUCUGCAGCGCCGGCCGCGCUCCCGGGAGCAGCGGGGCCGCGUGCAGGGCGAGGAGGAGGCUCCUGGCACAGCGCUGGCCUGCCACCGGCACAGGUGACGGGCACCGGGACCUGGCCUGCCACCGGCACAGGUGAUGGGCACCGGGACCUGGCCUGCCACCGGCACAGGUGACGGGCACCGGGAUCUGGCCUGCCACCGGCACAGGUGAUGGGCACCAGGACCUGGGCCUGCCACCGGCACAGGUGACGGGCACCGGGACGUGGCCGGGGAGCUCUGCUGUGAGGCGGGGAGGGCUUAGGACAUCUUACCUGGAACAAGAAUUUGACAGUCGGACGGCAAUGAACUAGGAGAACAGCCAAAACCACAACUCGGAAUGUAUUUAUUACUUCAAAGUUAGCUAUUCUUGAUAAAAUUCCCCAGAUUAUUGCUGCUGCUUAUUUUACUUACAGAUUUCACACACUUGUUAAUUUUAAAGCUACCGAACUUUUAUUCAAUACUGUACUCUGAGAAAUGUAAUUGGGUCAGGACAUGCAAUAGAAUGAAAUCAUUGUAGUGUCUUAAGUACAAUGGACUCACUUUGUGUCUAUUAAACCUUGGAAGAUGUGCAACACUCA